GAAAGAUACACAAACAAAAUUCCAUCCCCUCAUUAAGGAUGACGCAGCCCCUAACAGAAAGCCGCCUCUUUUUAACUCUUUCUUUGUUUUCCUUCCCUUUUCCCUCCUCUUCUUAACCCAAAACUUCUCCAUUUCUUCACUUACUCCCACAAGUAUGUCACACUCCGCCACCCCUUAUGAAGUCGACGAAUGCCGAGGUGUCCUCCGCGUUUACAGCGAUGGCUCUAUCUGGCGUUCCACUGAGCCUAGCUUCAAGGUUCCUGUCCACGAUGAUGGCUCUGUUCUGUGGAAAGAUAUUAUCUUUGAUCCUGUGAAUAAUCUUCACCUUCGCCUCUACAAGCCAGCUUUUUCUUCUUCUUCGACCAAGCUUCCGAUCUUCUACUAUAUCCACGGUGGUGGGUUUUGUAUUGGGUCUCGAACUUGGCCUAAUUGUCAAAACUAUUGUUUCAAGCUUUGUUUGGAUCUUCAAGCUGUGAUUGUUUCGCCAGACUACCGUUUGGCUCCGGAAAACAGGCUUCCGGCGGCCAUUGAAGAUGGGUUCUUGGCUGUGAAAUGGCUUCAAGGUCAGGCGGUUUCUGAGGAGGCGGAUACAUGGCUGACUGAGGUGGCUGAUUUUGGGAAGGUGUUCAUUUCUGGUGAUUCUGCCGGUGGGAAUAUUGCUCAUCAUUUGGCUGUCCGGCUGGAGGUUGGUUCACCAGAGUUGGGUCCUGUUCAUGUCAGGGGUUAUGUGCUUUUGGCACCAUUUUUCGGUGGAACUGUGUGGUCUAAGUCGGAAGCUGAGGGACCAAAGGAUGCAUUCCUUAAUUUGGAGCUCAUUGACAGGUUUUGGAGAUUAUCAAUCCCCAUUGGAGAUACAACUGAUCACCACUUAGUGAACCCAUUUGGACCUCAGAGCAAGUGUCUUGAAUCAAUCAAACUUGACCCAAUCUUAGUAGUGGUGGGAGGAAGUGAUCUGCUGAAAGAUCGUGCCAAGGAUUAUUCAGAGAGAUUGAAAACUUGGGGAAAGAAGAUCCAGUACGUUGAGUUCGAAGAACAGCAACAUGGGUUCUUCACCAUUUAUCCCAACUCUGAACCAGCAUCCAAGUUGAUGCUUCUCAUCAAAAGUUUCAUUUCUGAAAAUUUUUGCUAAAAAUCUACAUUUGUAGCAAAUCACAUAACCUAGCAAUCUUACUUGUGUGCCAUAUGCCCUAAUGUUUAUUGUCGUCGUUUUUAUGUGCAA